GCCGAGCGGGCCGAGCCAGCAGCCGAGCUGGGGGCGCGGGCGGGCGGCAUGUACCGGGCCCGGGCGGCGCGGGCGGGGCCGGAGCCCGGCAGCCCGGGGCGCUUUGGGAUCCUCAGCACCGGGCAGCUGCGGGACCUGCUCCAGGAUGAGCCCAAGCUGGACCGGAUCGUGCGGCUCAGCAGGAAGUUCCAGGGCCUGCAGCUGGAGCGGGAGGCAUGCUUGGCCUCCAACUACGCCCUGGCCAAGGAGAACCUGGCCUUGCGGCCCCGCCUGGAGAUGGGCCGAGCAGCCCUGGCCAUCAAGUACCAGGAGCUUCGAGAGGUGGCUGAGAACUGUGCUGACAAGCUGCAGCGACUUGAGGACAGCAUGCAUCGCUGGAGCCCUCACUGUGCGCUGGGCUGGCUACAGGCUGAGCUGGAAGAGGCUGAGCAGGAGGCGGAGGAGCAGAUGGAGCAGUUGCUGCUGGGGGAGCAGAGCCUGGAGGCCUUCCUGCCGGCCUUCCAGCGCGGCCGGGCCCUGGCGCACCUGAGGCGGACACAGGCUGAGAAGCUGCAGGAGCUGCUGCGGCGACGGGAGCGGUCUGCCCAGCCAGCCCCCACUGCGGCCGCGGACCCCCCCAAGCCCUUCCCUGCUGCAGCUGUCCUGCCCACUGGGGCUGCCCGGGGGCCACCAUCAGUGCCCCGGAGCCUGCCCCCCUUGGACUCCCGCCCAGUGCCACCACUCAAGGGCUCCCCUGGGUGCCCUCUUGGCCCAGCCCCUCUGCUGAGCCCUCGGCCCUCUCAGCCAGAGCCCCCCCACCGGUAGGAUCCAGGCUGUGGCCCCCCAGUGGGGGGCCUAGACAAACUUGAUUCGUGGCUCCUCCUCCUCCCCCACUGCCUGGGUGGGGGGAGGGGCAGGCCCCUCCCCCUGGCCUCAGGCAGGCCCUGGCCCUGGAGGCUGAGCUGGGGAGGAGGGUCACCCCAAGAGGCCCAGAGAGGGCUUGGGUAGGGUGGGCAGGGUGCUGGGCCUCGGGCGAUGAGGAAACUCUGCCUUUCUUGUCUCCCUGGCUGGGGCCUCUGGGGUGACAGGCCAGCCCCAUGGAAGAACUUCACUUACCUACAGGGCCUGGGGCCUGGGGCCAGGACGGUACCGCUUCCCCUUGGGGCCUGUCUCACUCUGCCACUCCACUGGGUGCGUGCAACGCCAAGGCCAACGGGAGUGUUUCCAUCAGGUCUUGAGCCUACUUUUCCCCCAGUUCUGGGGCCCACCACCUAGGAGCCAGGUGGUCAAGGCCCCAGCUGCGGGGCAGGGACACCACGGCCCUGGGGCUGCUACGUGCCCUGCACCUGCUCCAGACCCUGGGGCAAGAUAGGCUAGGGCUCUGACCUGCGCCAGUGAGAGCAGGCCACCCCAGGAAAGACCAUUCUGUAUUUUUCUGUCCCUGUCUCCUUAGAAUGGAACCUUUUUGAGGGCAGGUCCUUGUCUUUGUAUGUUCUGUCCCCAGCCCCGCUUCCUAGGGGCCGUCAAUAAAUGUGAUGAUGCGGA